AUAAACGGAAAAUGGCAAACCUCACGCUCACGAAGAAGCUUCAAGACAAGGUGGCAAUAGUCACCGGUGGCGCUAGUGGCAUCGGUGAAGCCACUGCACGCCUCUUUGCUUUGCAUGGUGCGCGCGCAGUAGUGAUUGCGGACGUCCAGGACGAGAAGGGCCAGGACGUCGCGGCUUCCAUCGGCGCUCAAUGCAGCUACAUCCGCUGCGACGUGAGCGACGAGGACCAGGUCAAGAGCCUGGUCAAGUCAACAGUCCUGACGCACGGCUGCCUGGACAUCAUGUUCAGCAACGCCGGAAUACUCAGCAAAACCAAGCAGGAGGUUCUGGACCUUGACUUGUCCGACUACGACAGGCUGAUGGCGGUCAACGUACGAGGGACGGCAGCGUGUGUGAAGCACGCGGCCAAGGCCAUGGUGGAAGGCGGAGUGAGGGGGAGCGUGAUAUGCACGGCAAGCGUCGGGGCGACUAACGGGACGGAAAUCUUCACCGACUACACGAUGUCAAAGCACGCCAUUUUGGGGCUGGUGAGGUGCGCGAGUAUACAGCUCGGGACGCACGGGAUACGCGUGAACUGCGUAUCUCCGGGGCCGACGAUGACGCCGAUCAUGAACACCUCUAAUUUUCAGUUUCAGAGUCAGGAAGAGGUAGAUAAGCUGAAGUCGACGCUAGGGUUGAAGGGAGGCAAAGAGUUGAUGAUUCCGGAGCAUGUGGCCAGCGCCGUCGUCUACUUAGCUUCCGAGGAAUCUCAGUUCGUGAGUGGCCAUAAUUUGGUCCUCGACGGUGGAUUCAAAACAUAAGAUAGAUCGCCACAAGUGUUCAUGAUCGAUCAGUUUCAGCAUGCAUGCACGUUCGAAAAUAAAGCUUUUUUUUUUUUAUAACUUUUUCAUUAUAAACUCACACGUCCUAUAUACUUCGAAAAUAAAGCUGGAUUGGAUUGAUUAUUACU